UCACUGGGUUGAUCGUCAUACGCAUGACAGCCCUGAUCAGGUGAACCCGGUCCAUACUAGAUAAACAUCACUUCUUUUCUUCGCAGCUCUCUCUCUCUCUUCCUUCUGCUCUCUUUUUCGCUGUUCUAUGUUGCUUCUCGAAAUAAUCACGAUAUACACCGUUCUGUCAUACAGUUGUCAACCAUGUGCUUCGUCGAAAUCGACGAAGACGGACCUUGUAUCCGUGUUACGGAAUUUCGUCCUCAACCUCUACGUGUCUCUUUCCCAGGUGCCAAACACGGUCAUCAUCACCAUUGUCAUCAUCGUCAUCACAAGGCGCAUCAUCACUGUCAUCAUAGGCGUGGCAGCAGCAGUAGUAGCAGCAGCAGCAGCAACGACAACAGUAGCGACAGCAGCAAAGGCAGCAAAAGCAGCAGCAAAAGCAGCAGUUCAAGCUCCAGCAAGACCAGCCAGACCAACACCACAAUUACAGACACCACCAGCCAGAACACCAGCCUAGUCUGUCCUCCACGACACCGACAUCGCCGUUGCAGCGCGCCUCCCGUGAUAGUAGAUUGGGACUCGCGACAUGGCCAUGAGCAUGAGAAGACCCGUGACCUUGAGUCAAACGACCGCGACUACGACUACACUAUUCGAAGGACGUACACGCGCCGCACACGGGAAUCCAUCCUCCCGUGGCGACGGGGUCGCGUCCUGGAGAUCGAUGAGCCGGGCCAUCGCUAUGUCGAGUAUAUGGAGGUUCCGGCCGUGGAGUGGAUUCCACCGCGUGUAAGACCGCGUGGGAGGGUGUGCUCGGAUGGGGAUGAGGUGGAAGUGCAGUAUAUUGCGGGACGGUAGUCCAUACGCAGCUACUACUAUCUAUGCUCUGGUUGUGGCUGGCUUAAGAAAAGAACCCUCGAUUCUUGCGUCAGAUGACGGAUGACGGUGUCGAAAGCGGAUGCGAGAAUCGACGAUGAUUUCACCACCCGCGUAUCCCCCAUGACGUCAGGAGCUCAUGUCGUUUCAAUAAAGCAUUGAUGCUCGUCCGGGGUUGAACAAUU